GGCGGCGGGCGGUGCUUCGCGGCGGGUGAGGGCGGCCGGACCGGCGGAGCUUGCGGAGCACGGCGCGCUGUCCCGCCGGCUGGGAGCGGAGGGGAGGGCCGGGCGAGGCGGUACGGUGCGGCUGACGGUCCCCGAGGGCCCCGCAGCAGCCUCCCCUGCCGCAGGGCUGCCGUGGGCCGCCGCGGCGGCCGGCUCGGGCCUGCAGCCGGCGGUGCGGCCUGCGCCGCGCCCCGCGUUCCUCGGCCGGCCCGCAGGGAGGAGCCGGGAAAGCGGAGAAGAUGAGCGAGGCCCCGCGGGUUCCAGGCGGUGAUCGAGAGCGCCCCGAAGACUAAUGCAGAAAAUCAAUAAGAACGUGGUGCUGGCGCUCCUCUCUCUGACCAGCCUGGUUUUCCUCCUCUUCCAGUUGUACUAUUACAAGUUCUACCUGUCACAGAAGAAUGGAGCAGUUUUUUCCAAAGUCAGAGGAAGCCAGUCAGGCCAAGACAGCACUAGAUGGCACGUGGUUAGGAAGUUCCUAGGCUUAAUAGCCAGUCACAAUAUACCGGUGUACUUGAUCGAUCCUUUGAUUCUGGGACUGGUUGAUAAAGACAUUGAACAGAUCAAAAGUUCUCCUGAUGGCCCUAGUCCAGAAUGCAAGUACUUUUGUGCUCCAAGGGACUUCACUACAUUUGCACUCCUGGACAAAACAUGGAGACAUGAAAUGGGCCUUUUUAGAACUGCUGAGAAAAUGGGGUUCCAAUGGCUAAAGAUUAUAAACAAGGACCCCCGCUUGGACGGGAUGAAUGACCUGUCUGGGAUUGAAAUUCCCUUGCACUACAUAUUUAAACUGGCAUCUCAUGCUAUUCACCUGGUGGUCUUCUAUGAGAGGAGCGGUAAUUAUCUCUGGCAUGGCCCCCUGAGACUCAAGCAACAUAUGGACAGGAAGUUUGUGCCUUUCCGGAAACUCCACUUCGGUCGCUACCCUGGAGCAUAUGAAAAGCCAGAACUUCUGCUUGUUUCCAUUGAUGACUUAAAAGUCCAAAUUCCAAAAAAUCCGUCCAAUUUCCUAGAGGAGAUGUCACACUCUAGAUUUCUUGAAUGUAGGUACAGAGAAGCUCGGGCUUUCUUUCAGCUCUAUCCUGAUGAUGCCUCUCUUGAUGCAGUAGAGUUCAGAAAAAAAGCAAAAUCCUUGCUCCAUCUGGCUGCCCUGACACUGAAUAACUUAGGAGUAAAGUUCUGGCUGAGCAGUGGAACAUGCCUUGGCUGGUAUAGACAGUGCAAUGUCAUUCCUCACAGCAAAGAUGUGGAUUUGGGAGUCUUCAUAAGGGACUACAAAGCAGAUAUCAUUCCAGCCUUUCAGAAAGCAGGGUUACCACUGAAGCACAAAUUUGGCAAGGUAGAAGACAGCUUGGAACUCUCUUUCCAGGGAGAAGGUGAUAUAAAACUUGAUAUUUUUUUCUUCUAUGAAGAGGAUGACCACAUAUGGAAUGGUGGAACUCAGGCCAAAUCGGGCAAGAAAUUUAAGUAUCUCUUUCCAAAGUUCACUCUGUGUUGGACUGAAUUUGUAGAACUCAAGGUACACGUGCCCUGUGAAACCCUUCAGUAUGUUGAAGCCAACUAUGGCCCGGACUGGAAGGUUCCUGUGAAGACAUGGGACUGGAAAAGCUCACCGUCCAAUGUGCAGUACAACGGUGUCUGGCCCGUCGAUGAGUGGGAUGAUGUCAUUCAAAUCUACUGACCACCUGACUGCUAAUAGAGCAUGCCUGCCAUCUUUGAAACUGUCGGUUUGUAACUUCCUGUUUCCUGAAGGCAUCAAGAUCCGUUCUUUUUGUAACUUCUCAUCUGUUUCCUAAGGAGACAUUUACUUUUUUUUCCUUAACAGGUAUUUUUUUUUCACCUUCGUGCAUUUUCCAGGUUGUUAAAGGAAAAGGUUAAAGACAACUGAAGAGAACGGAAUCCGAAAGAAAAGCUGCACAAAGAGAAUAGGGAAGAAAUGUUGCAGUAAACUUAUGGGCAGUUGACUGUUUAAAUGUGAACAGUGGCCAGGUGGCUUAGACUUUCCUGGGAUCAUCAAAAUCUUGGGACUGUUCACUUCUCAAGCUUAAGAGAGGGAUAGGGUGGGAGAAUCCCAUAGAGAAGUUCCUCUUUUUUCAGAGGAGAGUCUGUGAAUAUUCAGCUGUUAAACACCAGAGUCAUGGGUACCUCAAAUAUGCUUGAUUUGAGACCGAUAUAUCUGUACAAUAUGCAACAGGUUGCUCUUGGCAGUGGAAUGUUUCUGUCACACAGAACCCGUGUGACCCACCUGCUUUACAUGUAGGAGACACAGGGUAACGGUGUAAUACUAAAUGAAUGGAAGGAGAAACUAUGCACAUCACACUCCUUCCAAUAACACUUCCAUUUUUUGUGAGCUAACCACUGCAUGCAGUUAUGACAGGGAAUGUUAUCUGCUUUUUUCUGCUUCUUUUUUUUCCUCUUGUAAGAAUAUGAAGGUGUAUGCCAUGGGGAUGUCUUUCCCAUAAAAAAUAAAUAAUCUGGGUUUUGAUGUCCCAAUUAGCAUGUUCUCCAUGUUUUGACCAGAUUUUAGAAAAUUAUAGCUAUCCCUGUUUUUUUACAGGUAGAUAGAAAUGGGGUUAUUGAUAGUUUUCCAUUUAACAUGGGCUCACAGAACAGACAUCUCAGACAAUUGCAGCUCUCUUCUCUAAGUGUCAGCAGAAGUGUGUACAAAUACCAAUUUUUCCAUUGAAUUUGCAGUAGCAUAAUUGCAAGUGAAGUGUUAGUGUAACAUUGGACUUUGGAUUGUGCUUUUUGGUCGGUGAGGUAAGCUUUCUUCUUUGGUACUUCGGAGAAGGAUAAUAGCUUUCAUAUCAGCAUGUGUGUCCAAAUUUGUUCCAGUCCUGCUGUGCAGGGCAGACAAGGACAGUAGAGCUGCUAUAGUGAGUUAUGACUAUAAUAUACGGUACAGACCCAGGAGUUCUUGUGAACAAGUGUCAAGGUACUGAAUGGAGCUCGUCCUUACUGUCAACAAACCUGUAUCCAUUCUUCCCUUGCUAAAGCAGAAGCGCUGUCUACGGGUCAUGGCUUUGCCAUCUUUCUCUGGGUAGAGGUAGGUUGAGUCUGUGUUUGGCGUUCUGUGGAUCUGCAGUUUUCAGCUGUGUAUUCAAAUGGGUACAGUUCUGGAGAGAUGAAGUAGCUACUGCUGUGCAGCCGUUUUACUACUGUAUCAUUCCAGGUGCAGUCUGGGGCUUCCCUGCUCUUUUUGUCCUGGAGUGUGCUGCAUGCUUCUUCCUGCCAGUCCUCUCGGUUCCAGUGGUCUCCUGCCACCGAAGCACUGGAGUAAAUUAUUCAGCUUCUGGCAAUCGUCAUGCUGGCUUUUCAACUGGUAUAGUAACUUUGUUAGCUUUGCUUAAUUAAGAAGAGAGAGAUGUAAAAUCCUGCUAAUGCCAUUUACUCCAUAAAGUAAACGUUACGUCAUAAGGGAUAAUUUCUCAGGUAGAAUUUUUUGUAUUUUUUCCUUAAAAUGAAAAAAGCCAAUGUCCUUGUGUCUUUUGUGUUCAGAAUUCUGUUGUUGUGAACUUUAAAUGUGAUAGAUGUUUGAGUGAAUGAAAAGAUACUAUCAGAAAACUAUAAUCCUGUCAGAUUUUUGACUUUGUAUUUGUAGAUGGAAAGACUAAUGGAAAAAAACGCAUGUCGCUGAAGGGGAGGAUGUUUUCAAUAGUUGAUUAUACCUGUAAGUUAUUCUUCAGGUUAAAAUGUUUUCUCUUCAGAAGAUACAAAUGUAUAUUUAACACCGAUUAAAAGGAGUCUCUAAUUUGCAACUCAAGAUGUUGUUUCAUCCUUUGUUUU